GCUAAUAGGCCCCUUGCACAUGGUUAUGCCUAUUUCCUCUACAACUUAAGCUUGUUUAAAUAGAUCACUUCCAUAUGCAUUUCGAUAAUCAAACACUGAAGUUCAGUCUAACCAAUUUCCAAGGUUUCUACACAUCUUCUUCUCUUCCAUUCAAUUCCUCGCUCUCUAUUUUCUAAGUUAAUACCAUGAUCAGCUCCAAGAAGCUCAUCAAGCUCGCCAAAAGAUGGCAAAAAUUUGCUGCCAUCCGAAGAAAGAGGAUUUCGUUUCCAAGACUAAAUGAUGACGCGAAUAGUUGCAGCACUUCCACUGCAGCAAACAAGGGUCAUUUUGUUGUGUACACAGCUGAUCAGAAGCGGUUUGUUGUUCCUUUAUCUUAUCUCGAGAAUGAGAUCAUUAGACAACUCCUAAGCAUGUCUGAAGAAGAAUUUGGACUUUCAAGCGAUGGGCCUAUUACGCUACCAUGUGAUGCAGUCUUCAUGGACUACAUCGUUUCACUUCUUAGCCGAGGUUUAUCCAGAGAACUAGAGAUUGCAUUACUCAACUCAGUUACUUCAUAUCGAUGCUCAUCAGCUCUACUGCACCAAGAAGGGUUGAGAAAUCAGGAAUUAUUGCUAGUUUGCUGAUAAUAAGUUUUGUAAAUGAGGAUAUUAGUUGUAGCUCAAUACAUCUUGUGAAAUGUACAAAUACACCAAUACUUGAUAAUCAAUAUGUUCAGUAGUCUUCUUUGAAAAUUCAAGUAUAUUCAUUACUUUCAAAUUCUCCUUAAUCUUCAGUUUGUUGCAACACA